CUAUGUUUAACUUUGAUGCCACAGGCACGGACCAAUAAGAGGCGCUCUGGCUCUGUCCUCGUCCAAUCAGGAGAAGGGAAGGGGGCGUUUCUGGCUUCAUUCUGUUCUGUUGCGCGACUGAACCACAACAAACGACGAGGCUUUACAGCGGAUGGGAGACGCGUGAGGAUUAAAACAAAUCAAAGCAGCAGCAGCCAGCAGCAGCAGCCAGCAACAGCAGCCAUGGGCAAGGCCCAGUCACAUCUGACCAAAAACAAGGACGAGAGUCACGACGCGCUGACGGCCGCCGGCGACUUCAGAGACGGUCAGACGGAGGAGGACGCGAAGAACGGAGACGUGUCUCAGUUCCCGUACGUGGAGUUCACCGGGCGGGACAGCGUCACCUGCCCGACCUGCCAGGGUACCGGUAGAAUCCCACGAGGUCAGGAGAACCAGCUCGUGGCUCUGAUUCCAUACAGCGACCAAAGGCUCAGGCCAAGCAGGACAAAGCUAUAUGUCACCAUAUCUGUGUCCCUCUGCCUGCUGCUGUCUGGACUCGCCGUUUUCUUCCUCUUCCCACGGUCCAUCGACGUCACCUACGUUGGGGUGAAGUCGGCCUAUGUGUCCUACGAUCAGCAGCAGCGGAUUGUCUAUCUCACAAUUACAAACACCCUGAACAUCACUAAUAACAACUACUAUGCCAUAUCUGUGACCAACAUAACGGCACAAGUGCAGUUCUCCAAGACGGUGAUAGGCAAGACCAAGUUCAACAACACCACUGUGAUUAUGCCCCUGGACGAACGGCAGCUUGAUUACACAGUUCCCACCACCAUCGCCGAUGAAAUGAGCUACAUGUUUGAUUACUGCACCUUGCCAACUAUUAAAGUCCACAACAUCGUGGUCAUGAUGCAGGUGACGGUAACGACGUCAUACUUUGGUCACGCGGAGCAGGUCUCCCAGGAAAUGUACCAGUAUGUGGACUGCGGAGGGAACACGACCUCCAUGCACGGACAUGUGCAGGUCUACUAACAAAAGGAACAUCCUCUCUACAUGUAAACUCAGCUCCCAGAGAAAGUGGGUUAACGAUCCUCCUAAAAUACUUACAGGGUCUAAAAGGUUUUAACUCCUUUGGUCCUUCACAAUCUGGCCCUUAGCAGUGAGUAUUAUUGCAGAAUGUGCUUUGAAAUUUGAAGUUUUCCCCAACCAGACUGCAGACAGAAUAACCAGUUAGUGGAAGAUGUUGCUGACGUAUCACUUCUCCAUGCUAAACGAUAGAAGGCAAUAGAUUUGAAGCACUUUAUCUGACCUUUAUCUAAAGAAAAAGUACCGGGUGUUUCAGAAGAUUCGGAGUGCAGCAUCUUCCGCCCCUCCUGUUCUAAACCACUUUUCUCCGUCAGUAAGGCGAGACAGAAAACCACUGGGCGGUUCUCGACUACAUUUCUUACCACAUGUAACCUUUUUAUUGUUUUAUUUCACCUACGGUCCUUUUGAUGUGAAUUAGUGCAAUAUUAACAACAGCUAUCUCGUGUCACAGCGUUUUUUUCUGUCCGUUAUCAUCAAGCACAAUUAAGGAAAAAUGUGAAGACUUUUAAACCAAACAAAUUUUAUGUAAUGAUUAAAAAAAAUUUAUUGUGUAAAAAAAAAAAAAGGGAAAUUGUUUAGGUCCAAACCAAUGCUGGAGCGUUACAGAAGGCAAAGAAAACCCAGAAAUGUGGGAAUUUACGUGCUCUUUUUCCGCUUUGUUUUAAAAGAUAUCAUUUGAAUUGACUUUAUUCCCAUUUUACGGGAUCUUUGUGGGGCGGCGGUGUCAUAUGCAGUAAUGUUCUUUUCUUUUUAAAUCCACUCUACACUAUGUAACUUUAAAAGGUUAUUAUGAGUUAAUCUCCUGUUUGUUGCAAUCCUACUUUUUCCCCAUUGUAAUUAUUUUUGAUAAAUUGUGUUCUGAAAUCUCCUGAUCCUUUUUGUUUUUCCAACUAAACUAAAGUUUCCAUCUAACUUGAUUUGUGAUCAUCCAGGUUCAAUAUUCAAACCUUAAUGUGACUUUUCCUACCAUUUUUACACUCCAAACUCAUUUGGUCUUACUAUGAUAACACAAUAGAUGUGCAUAGUUUUUUAACAUCAACAGUAUGGUUUUGUGGCUUUCAUGCAUGAACUUGAAAAUAAAAUUAAAACUCUAUUC